AUGGAAGGCAGCACAGAUGAAGAAGUCACCUUUAAGGUCAAUAGAAAGUCGGAGGAUUCUGUAAAGAUGGACAGUGUUAAGAUGCACAAUGACUUUAUGAACAGAGACGACAUCAGGCCCGAAGACUCUGUGAGUCAGAGGAGUAGUAGUAGUACCACGUCAGCUAGUUGGAGACUUCGAGCUAGGGCUAGGAGAGCUGCCUUAGAAGCAGAAGUCAUGGCUCUGCAAGAGCAACAAGAGCUUGAGCUUGAGGAAAUCAAGUUAAAACAAAGGAAAGCUGAACUUCUUCUUAAAAUGAAAUUGAAGGUAGCAGAGGCAGAAGAAGCUGUUUAUAGAAGUACACAGUCAGACGUCAAUGUCAAAGGGAAGACUGAUCCUUUAGAACAGGACAAGACUGAAGAACCUUCUAAGCUUGAACCUUUAAAGGACAAUUCAACAAUGCCGGCUAAGACAAAACUGACACCAACUUGUGACAAUUCUUCAACAAGUGAAAGUGAUAAGAUGAUGGGUAAGAUGCAUUCUGACAUUUUCCAUCACUUACAGCAAGGACAGAAACAACAUCAGCAGCUGUUGGAAGCUAUCACCAUUUCCACUGCCAACAUUAUGUCCUUUGAUGGUAACCCUUUGAAUUUUUAUGAAUUCAUGCGGUCGUUUGACAGCGUCAUUGGUAGUUCUUCAUUGGACAAUAACACCAAGCUACUCAAGUUAUAUCAUCUUUGUAGUGGAGCUGCCAAAGACAUCAUCCAUUGUUGUCUAAUGAUGCAUCCAGAUGAUGGAUACUUACAUGCAAGAACGCUACUGACUGAUCGUUUUGGAAAUGCUUUCAAGAUCUGUGAUGCCUGGAUCAAAAAGAUCACAGAAGGACCAGUCAUACAAAAUGAUCCAAAACAGCUGAGAGAUUUCGCUGAUCAGCUUAAGACCUGUGGUGAAACCUUGAUGGCAAUAGGAAUGCUCCGAGAGUUAAGCUGUAGGAGUGAAUUGGUAAAGAUCAUUGAACGUUUGCCAUUCCACCUGAAGAGCCGCUGGGUACGUCAUGUGAAAUCAAUCAGAGAUGUUGGAAGACAGCCUACUAUCCAAGAUGCAGUUGACUUUAUCACUGAUGCAGCGGAUGAGCUCAAUGAUCCUGUAUUUGGUGCACUUCUUACUGUAGGACCAAAGAGUGGAAGUACUGACAAAGUAAGAACCAUGUCAGGUAGAGGUCAGGUGAGCGUAUUUACCACUUCCGCCAAUCCAUCUACUCAGAACUGCAUCAUGUGUAAUGCAAGCCAUGAUCUUUUUGGCUGCCAGGAGUUCAAAAACAUGAAUCCUGAUGACCGCUUUGAUUUUGCCUUCAAGAACAGAUUAUGUUUCAAUUGCCUCUUACCUGGGCAUAUUUCUUCUAGAUGCAACAUCAACAGAACCUGCUCUGUUAGAGGAUGCGAUCAAAGACAUACAAAGUUUCUCCAUACUGGGAGAAGGAUGACAUCUCCACAGCACCCUACACUUCUCAGUGCGAGUGACGCGUCUACUCAAACUGACAGCGAUGUAUCAUCCCAUGCCAGCUGUGGCGCCAUGGGGGCCGGAGCUAGCAGAAUCGCUCUUCCGAUAGUACCGGUCACUGUUAGUGUCCCAGGUGAAGUAGGAGGAACUAUUGAGACUUUUGCUUUGCUGGAUUCUGGUUCCACAAACUCAUUUUGUCUGAAGGAAAUAGCAGAGAAGAUCCAGACAAAGGGACGAAAGAAGAUCUUAUCAAUAUCUACACUAGAAGCUCCUAACCACACCAUGGAAUGCGAAGAGGUGAAGCUGAGUGUAAAAGGGUCUUCUGGUACAUCAAGCAAGAAGAUAGAUGCUGAGUUCCUUGCACGUCCAAGCCUGAAUAUCAGUACAGUGAACAUGGCCACUGAAGAAGAGAUCUCCAGAUAUCAACAUCUUUUUGGUAUUGAUCUCCAAGUGACAACAGGAAAGGAGGUAUCUUUACUUAUCGGACGAAGCUCUGAUGCCACUGGAAAUCAGAGCAGGUGCUCCAGGUGA